UCUUUGUCACUUUCUCAGGUUAUUUGCGACCAAAUGCAGCGGAUGCCUGGAGAAAAUCGCCCCCACAGAGUUUGUGAUGCGUGCGCUGGAGUGCGUGUACCACCUCAACUGCUUCUGUUGCUGUGUAUGUGACCGACAGCUGAGGAAAGGAGACGAGUUUGUACUGAAGGACGGACAGCUGCUGUGCAAGAGCGACUAUGAGAGGGAGAAAGACCUCCUCGGCUCUGUCAGCCCUGAUGACUCAGAUUCAGAGAAAAGCGAAGAUGAGGAGCUGGAUAUCAAGCCGGAGAAGGGCUCAGGAGGAACUGGGAAAGGAGAUGAUGGGAAAGACCCAAGAAGACCUAAGCGACCGCGUACCAUCCUCACCACGCAGCAGAGACGUGCAUUCAAGGCAUCCUUCGAGGUUUCUUCCAAACCCUGCCGAAAGGUAAGAGAGACGCUGGCUGCAGAAACGGGCUUGAGCGUCCGCGUGGUUCAAGUGUGGUUCCAGAACCAGAGAGCUAAGAUGAAGAAAUUGGCGCGGAGACAGCAGCAGCAACAGGAGCAGCAGAACUCCCAAAGGCUGGGCCAAGAGGUGAUGUCCAAUCGGAUGGAAGGAAUGAUGAACUCCUACACGCCAUUGGCUCCAGCCCAACAACAGAUGGUUGCUAUGGAGAAUGGUUACAGCACCGACCCCUUCCAGCAGGGCCUUACCCCUCCUCAAAUGCCCGGCGACCACAUGAAUCCAUAUGGAAACGACUCAAUAUUCCACGACAUUGACAGUGAUACUUCAUUGACCAGCCUUAGUGACUGCUUCAUGGCCUCAUCAGAAGCGGGCUCGAUGCAAGCAAGAGUCGGAAACCCCAUCGACCGACUGUAUUCCAUGCAGAGCUCCUACUUUGCUUCAUGAAAACCUAAACAGACAAGGAAAGGCAAAAGUGGGUCACUUCGCUGCAGCUCACAAGUCAGACUCCGCCUGUUGAGGAAAUACAACAGAAUCGUCAACAAAGCUCAAAGACGAAACAUCUUAGAUAGACAAACAGGAAAGACAAGUGAACUUGAAGACUUACGUCCUUAUUUCUCUGCAGUGAAGCACCAGCUCUGGACACCCAGGCGCCUGAGGCUGAGAUUUUUUUUUUUCUAGUUACUUGUAGAUUGUUUGACUUUCUCAGAAGUAGCAUUUCAUCUUACCCUCAUCAACUUGUGGGGAAAAAAAAGAGUAAUGAUGUACAGUUUGACGGCACUGAAGCAUCAAGCCUCGACUUAUGAUUUCCUGCCGGGAGAGGCAGAAAAUCAAAACACAAAGCUCAUAAUGCAUGAAUCCAUAUCUUUGUGAUUGUUAUGUAAAAAAAAAAAAAAAAAAAAAAAAAAAAAACUAACAUGAAAAAAAAAAAGAUUCUUGUGUUGUUCAGAUGUUAAAAAUGUGAUGUUCGGACUCAGAAUUUCCUCUUUUUCGUUAUGUUCAGCAUUGCAUUUUUUAUAAAUUUGAUAGGUUAGCCCUCUGAAAGACGAUGUAGUAAAGCUUAGAGGGGGAGAUAUGUAUAGUGUAUCUGCAUUUGUAAGUAUGUUAGAGUGUGUGUACGUGUGUGUUCCAGUCUCCUCGGCCUGUGUGUGUGUACGAGUACGAGUGUAUGUGUUUGUCUGUGCAAUGAUAAGGUACUGUCAUUGAAAUCUCAAACCAUGUGUAUAUAUACUUUUCCCACACAAAUCAGUUGUGCAUGUUAAAAAUGGAGAUCAUUCUAUUUAUUUUACUAAAACAUGCUUUUGAAGGUACUUAAGAAACUGAAAAGCUUUAUUUAAAAAAGGAGAAAAUCAUGUUUUAGUAGCUGAUAUAUUACUUUCACAACACACUUUUAUGUCUUUUAAUUAGGAAAAGCAAUGCAUCUUUAUUCCAGCAAUGUACAUCUGCAAAAAAGUGCUAUUUAUUUGUUUCAGCCCUGACAUUGCCGAGAAAAAAAAAGCAUUUCCAAAUGCGAAGAUUGCUAAUUUGCCAAAGUCUGUUGGUACAAUGAAUAAAGUCCUUUUCUCCUUGA